AUGCCCGCGCCGUGGUCUGACGAUGCAGACAUCUCAGUCAACGACGACGACGACGACAACGACAGAGACGACCUCAGCUCCCUUGAUCUCGAUGCUUCCGGAAGUGACGACCGAGAACAUUUCAUGCCUCCUUCCGAACGACUGGAAAACCGCGAAGAGGCCGAGUAUCAACGACUUGAGGAUUUCUUGGAAUACCGCAACAUGAAGCAAAUGCCACGAUCUGAUCACGGUCACGGUGACACAGAAGCCGAAUCAUUUCCCAAUCACCAGAACAAGAAGAAAUUCAACGCCAAAUACCACUCCAUGGUCUUCCCAGGCUUGAGCAUUCCUGUCAAUGCGCCCAAAAAAGGCAAGAAAAUCUCUCAAGACAUAACGUGGGUCACAAAAGAAGAGGUUGUGCCAAUCAUGUCUGUGGAAUGCCCUCUUCCUGGUGGCGAGGCCGUUGCAAUGGUUACAGAUCCUGUUCAGAAAGUAAGCUGGGGCCCCUUGACGAGAAUCGAAGCAACUAAAGAGGCACGAGAUGUGAUUAAAGAGUGGCGGAAACUUUCUUCAACGUGCAGAGAGAAAGUUGCAAGCACACCCAAGCACGACAAAAAAUCGCCUUUGAAGGACAAAGACACAGCGAUCCUGCCUCCUGUUGUCCACGAUGAGGAUAGGAAUGAGGAAGAUAUUGUCGCAAAAGAAGCAGCCACUUCUGUAUCUCAAGCAGAAACCGAGUCUACAAAUUCGAGAGUCCGAGUUCUCAAGCCACCACCGCCAACACCUCCAGACGCGAUAUUUCAUGGAGCUUUGUCUAUGCCUACCCUUCCAAACUUACACCGCAUAUCUGAUGCUCUGUUGGUUGAGCAAUAUCGCCUUCAGCGAGCUCUGGAUCCAGAUGCGUUUGAUAAACAAACCCGUCUCAUCAAACGUGGACUUGUGGACGCCAAGAUUGCACGUGGAGGAAAAGAUUGUUUGCUAAAGAAUGAGUACACCGUGGAGUUGGCAUCAAGAGAAGACGCAACAACGGCCGAGAAAUGGGCAAGUGGAAGGAUUGUUCAGAUGAGAUCAAGGGAAAACACUGUAAGCGUUGCUCCGGCAAACAUCGCAGAGAAACUUGGUAUUCGGGGCGGAGAAGGUGAAGAUCCAACCAUCUCCGCAAAGACCCUUCAAGCCACUGAAGGCGAACUUGACGUUGCUGAUGGCUCGCAGAAGGAAGAGUCAAAGCCAGAGGAUGAGAGUCAUGAGACCUGCAAACAGGGCGCAGAUAAGACAGCCAAGAAUGGUGUAGAGAGAGUGAGACCCAAAAACAGCCGUGACGGGACUUCGGGCGGCAAAAAGAGUACGAGCCAGGAUCUCAAGGCCAAGUUUGACUCUUUUGAUCUGCCAUCUCAUGUCAGCAAAAUGUCCACAUACGGAACUAUCCGUCAUCAACACUCCGAAAAGCGAGAGGUCAGUGACUAUGGCGAGAGACGCACAGUUACCACAUGGAUCCAAAUCGAAGAAGUGUACGACGUCCCCGCUGCGAAUUCCUUAAGCUGGAAAGAUGUGAUGACAGCGGUUAAACAAGAAGCUGAUGGUGACGAUGGUGGUUCCAAAGGAAACAAGACGGGCCGGAAGCAUAAGAAGAGUCAAGGAGGCAAGCGGUCUCGGUCGGCUGUCCCUCGAAAGCAGCAACAGAGUAAGAACAAUUCUUCUGAUUCCGAGACCGAGGAUAGGAGCUCCAGGUCUACCAACCAGUCAAGAGAACAUGGUCAAACUCGGACCGAGGAGCUCUUCGACACACUCUCUCGCUAUGGAGAAGUGAAUGAAGAGACCAUCAGGAGAUUGACACGCAGUUUGAGUCAGGUCAUGUCCGAGCUUCGAGGAAGAGGCGAGCUCAUGGUCGAAGAAGGAGACUGA